AUGGCGGGCUAUGCGGCUGCAGAGACACCUCGGUUGCGACGAUCACAUCUUCGAGGGCACAAGGAUGCGGUGCUCUGCCUGUGCGCCGAUGCUUCGCGGCUCGCGUCGGGCGGGGCGGAUGGCAGCUGCCGUCUUUGGGACCUGCGAUGCGAGGGCUCGCGCCGCUCCGUUCGCGCGGCCAUGGUGCCUGGCGAGGUCUCUAGCGUGGCCAUUUCCGCUGCCAGGGAGCACAUGUUGCUGGCUGCUGUGGGGCGCACAGUCUAUGGCUUCGACCUCCGGAGCGAGAAGGUAGUUCUCCAGGCCGCAGACAAGACCUUGCCUGAGCUUGCGAAGGAUGACAUCAACCAGGUUGCCAUCGACGCUGGCGGGCACCUCGCUGCCGUGGCCGAGGAUUCGGGUGCUGUGCACCUGGUCGACCUGAAUACUUGGAGAGUGGACAAGACCUUGGCUGGAAAGAAUGGGCACGUGAACAUCUGCAGUUCGGUGGCUUGGAAGCCAGGCCGUGAGUGGACGCUGGCGUCUGGAGGUUUGGACGCUGCAGUCGUUCUCUGGCAACGGUCAGGACGAGGUCGCAAGGUGCAGAUGCAAACGGAUGCUGAGGAGGAGUCUGCCACGUCAGCAGGAGGGGCCCAGUUGCUCAAUCCGCCCUUUGUGCAUUCCAUCGCUUAUUCGCCGGACGGUGAGACACUGGCCGCAGGUCUCGGCGAUGGCACCGUGGCGCUCCUUGGCCCAGAGCAGCGCCUUAGAGGCCACCUUGCGGCGGUAGCGCAGGUCCUCUACACUCCUGCCGGGCUGGUUUCUGCUGGGAAUGACCGGCAGGUUUUGCUGUGGUCUGGACCCGAGCCGCAGCUGAGAUGGCAUCAUCCAGAAAAAGUGAACUGGAUGGCCUGGCACCAGAACGUCCUUUUCGUCGCUGACUUGGGCCACAGCAUCACUGCUUAUGAGGGUCUGCUUUGA